CCGAGACGCAAGCUGCACCCGCUCUUCCUCCAAAGCCCCCGAAACCAAUGACUCCGGUCAACCCAAAUGGAAUAAAGGACAAUUCCAGUUUCUCUCUGCAGGAUGCAGAAUGGUAUUGGGGGGAUAUUUCAAGGGAAGAGGUAAAUGACAAAUUACGAGACAUGCCAGAUGGAACAUUUCUGGUGCGUGAUGCAUCAACCAAGAAGCAGGGAGAUUACACUUUGACAUUGCGGAAAGGUGGCAACAACAAACUGAUAAAGAUUUAUCAUCGGGAUGGAAAAUAUGGUUUUUCUGACCCAUUGACAUUUAAUUCUGUUGUGGAGCUGAUUAACCACUACCGCCAUGAAUCUCUUGCUCAGUACAAUCCUAAGCUUGAUGUGAAGCUGAUGUAUCCAGUAUCCAGAUAUCAACAGGAUCAGUUGGUGAAAGAAGAUAACAUAGAUGCAGUAGGUAAAAAGCUUCAGGAAUACCACUCUCAGUAUCAGGACAAGAGUAAAGAGUAUGACAGACUAUAUGAGGAAUACACCAGAACAUUACAGGAAAUUCAGAUGAAGAGAACUGCAAUUGAAGCAUUUAAUGAAACCAUCAAAAUAUUUGAGGAACAGUGCCACACGCAAGAGAGAUACAGCAAAGAAUACAUUGAACGAUUCCGCAGAGAAGGGAAUGAGAAGGAAAUUGAACGAAUUAUGAUGAAUUAUGAGAAGUUAAAGUCACGCCUGUGUGAGAUCCAUGAUAGUAAAAUGCGUCUGGAGCAGGAUUUGAAGAAACAAGCUCUGGACAAUAGGGAAAUUGAUAAGAAAAUGAAUAGCAUCAAACCCGAUCUUAUCCAGCUACGCAAGAUCAGAGAUCAGUAUCUUGUAUGGCUCAAUCACAAAGGAGUGAGGCAGAAGCGAAUAAAUGACUGGCUGGGAAUCAAAAAUGAGAAUAUUGAUGAUACGUACUUUGUGAAUGAAGAGGAUGAAAACCUGCCACAUUAUGAUGAAAAAACUUGGUUUGUUGGGGAUCUCAACCGUAUCCAAGCAGAGGAUUUACUAUGUGGGAAACCUGAUGGAGCGUUUUUAAUUCGAGAGAGUAGCAAGAAAGGAUGUUACGCCUGUUCUGUGGUAGCUGAUGGUGAAGUUAAACACUGUGUGAUCUACAGCACUCCAAGGGGUUAUGGUUUUGCAGAACCAUAUAACCUGUACAGCACACUUAAGGAAUUAGUCCUUCAUUACCAGCAGACAUCCCUCAUCCAACACAACGAUUCCCUAAAUGUCAGGCUCGCCUAUCCUGUCUACGCACAGAUGCCCUCCUCCCUUUGCAGAUAAAUUCUGAGGAGGGGGAAAGUGUUGGCUAUCUUGGAUUCUUUUCUACAGUUUUUAUUAGAACUCUGAGGGCAUUCUUUCUCCUUAGACUGCUUGUUUUGCACAAGAAGUGAUUCUGUGAAUGUGAAUCAAAGAGGCCUAGCAGCAACAAGACGACAGCUUGGGUGUAGGUGUCCUGGUGCUACCUAAAGCUCAGCUGUGCUUUUACACUGAUACUUUUUUGUUUCCUUCCGGGGGGAAUAAACUGAACAUAAACACAUCCAAAAAACUGGAAGCAAAACAUUUUAUGGGGAUAACUUUUUGCCAGGCACCUUCAGCAGAACUUUGAAUUGGGAUUUUUUUUUCUUGUUCUUGUGGAGACCAUUUUGAGGCCUCAUUUGAGGCAUCAGUAAUGUCUUUCAGUCUUAAACUCCAAGAAACUAGUGGGGGAACUCUACCACAGCAAUGCUCUGUUAAUUUUAGCAGUUUCACUGCAACUCAGCCGAACUUCCAAAUGAGGGCUUAUCUUGAGAUGUGGAAUUUGGUGAGAGAAGACCAAAGGAAUUACCGGAAAGCUUCAGGUUGUUAUUUAAAAGGAAAAAAUCCUUAUAAAGAAAAGUUGCUUUAUUUUUUACCAACAGUAACAAAGUUUUGGUUUCAACGGCUCUACAGGUCUUCGCUUAAAGGAAACAUUUAACCAAAUUGGACCCACCAAAACUUUGUUCGUUGCUGGAUUAAGCACUUCUUCUGGGGGAAGGUUGCAUUAGCAUCCGCACAUACUUUCUACACCAAAACUUGAAACAAAUAAAAGGAAAAGCUAAAA